CUCGCCGUGAAGACGUACUUCCGCCACUGUUUGAGUGCUUCUGGCGCGCGAAGGAGUCAAUCUCGCGCUUUUCCGACCCGGAAAUCCGUGCCGUUGACGGUGUGGCAGCUGUGAGAUGGGAAAAUUGAAAAGUGCGGUUUCCUUUUGAGAACCCUUUUAAAACCCCACCGCCAGGGCUCCGCAGACGAGCCGGAGAGGCUGAUAGACAGCCAGAGCAACAAGUUUGCCGAGAGGCCGUACAACCGAGAGGAAAAUAAGAAAAUUACUCUAAUUGCCUCUCGAGGGAAAUUCCGUGCGUGAUUUGCGCCGCACCCUGUGGCUGCCCUCGCGAAGCCAAUAUGAAUGGGAUUACGCUGAUUGUUGCCAUCAAUUUGCUCCUCCUCCCGCCUUCCGAGUUUGUGGACGUCGGCGAGAGGCAGUUGGAUGAGCUUCAGACACUGGAGAAUAGCGGCGACUUCCUCAGCGUCAUUUCCAGACACGAAUCGGAGGAUUUGCGCGAUAUGCCGGCGAGUUUGAGAGAUGACACAGUAAAUGCAGUUGGAAAGUCCUUUGGCCAGAAGAGGCGUCACAGAGUGAAGAAGCGCCGCAAGCUGGCGCCCACGGAGAGGCAGCGGGAGAUGGAGAGGCUGCGAGAGGAGGCCCACCUGGUAGAGGUAGCGGAGCACGAGAGACUUCAGGAGGACAGACAGAGGCGCCGAGAGGAGAAGAUGCGCCUUCGCGAGGAGAAGAAAGCACUGCGAGCGGAAAAGAUUCGGCAGAAAAUACUGCGAGCAACAGAGACUGGCACUGAGGAAUGGCUUCGUGGGGAUUUAUCGUGCAUGCGGCGGACUUUUGUGCCAGCGCCCAGAGUGGAUAACGCCGAUGUGAAGUACAUAAAAAAUGAUGCUCUUGGAGCUGAAAAUGCCUUCCUCGAGGCGCAAUAUCGCUGUCGAGAAGGCUUUCAGAUGCACCUCGACGGCAAUUCCAGCACCAGGACUUUCUGCAGGCAUCGCUCGUGGAUCGGACAAACGCCAAAAUGCAUCAGAAUCGAGACGACGGUUCUGGUGAAGAAACUGGAGAAGACUUGCGACCAGAAGGAGUGUGAUCAACUCUGCUUUGUGGACGAUAAUGGCAACGAGACUUGCUCGUGCUUUCGCGGUUUUAGGAUGGUCGAUGGCAUUUGCAUGGACGUCAAUGAGUGCACGGAGAGUGAAUCUCCGUGUGAGUUUGAAUGUCACAACACUCCGGGCUCAUUUAGAUGCAAAUGUCCCAAAGGUCUUCGCUUGGAGGGAAACUCCUGCGUGGACGUCAAUGAAUGCUUGCUGAGGAACGGACAUGGGCCAUGUCAAGAUUUUUGCCACAACACUCACGGUUCGUGGUUCUGCUCCUGUCGUCCAGAUGCCAAAUUGGCCGAAGAUGGCCAGAGUUGUGAGUUCGUGGAUCAGUGCACAGUCAGUAAUGGAAACUGCUCUCAUGUUUGUCACUCUUUGAUGGGAACGGCAUUUUGUGACUGUCCGGAUGGAUGGCGACUUGGACAAGAUGGGCGAACAUGUCAGGAUGUGAAUGAGUGCGAAGAAGCAGCUGAAGAUGGAAGAUUGUGCGCUUUCGAGUGCGUCAACACGCCCGGUGGAUACAAAUGCAUCGAUGAUGAACCUCCAGAAGAAACUCAAAUCUUACUAACAACCUGCCCAAUUGGCUUCACCUUCAAUUCAGCCACGCGAGAAUGCGAAGACGUUGACGAAUGCCAGGACGACAAUGGGGGUUGCCAUCAAAAAUGCAGCAACACAAUGGGAAGCUUCCACUGCUCUUGUCACUCCAACUUUAUUUUCACCGACGACAAAAUCACAUGCAGAGCUCUCGAUGUGAGUGGAAAUGCAUCUCUGAAUGUCAUUUGUCCGCCACUGUUCCCACCCCGUCACGGGUAUCUCGAGUGUAGCCGCGAGGGCAGCGAUCGGGAGCAACAACACGUCCGGGAGGCGGCCAGGGUGUCAAACUCACCAGGAAGCCUCUGCGAGCUGCGCUGCCCAGGAGGAUUCCGCCUCUCUGGGAGCUUUUCCGUGCAAUGCGACACGCAAGGACAGUGGCGAGGACAGCAGGAUGGCGUUUGCAUCAAGUAUCCAACACCUCAUCUCACGUGUCCGCCGGACAUCAGAUUGGAGAUUCCGCCCGGCGAAGACUCUGUAACCGUCGAGGUGAGUCCGCGGACGGAUUCUGCUAUUGUGGAGAGCCUACCGAGCUGGGUUCUGGCCCAGAGCGGUCAGCUACAUUUGCAGCCAGGUGACCUCAAUGUCACAUACAUCGCCAGGCAUCCCAUCUCCCGCAUCUCCGUGUCCUGCGCUUUUUCCAUCAUAGUUCUGGACGGCCAACCGCCCUCCGUGACAUUCUGUCCGGCCGCCCAGAGGCACACGUUGGACGACAACUCGAGCAGCAUCGCAGUCACAUGGCCUGAGCCCUCCUUCACGGACAACAUCAACGUGUCAGAUGUCACGAGGACAAAUGCUCCUGGUAAUUUAUUUGGCGUCGGCAGUCAUCUGGUGACUUACACGGCCAGAGAUGAGGCGGGCUGGAGCACAAAGUGCAGCUUCAAGAUCCUCAUUGUGAGCUCCAUGAGGCGCUUGCAGGAGCAAUUUGUUAGGCAGCAGCUGCCAAAAUACCACGAGCUGUAUUGAGAGUUGCGCCAAAGUGUGAUAGAUCAAGAUUUCCCCCAAAAUUCCGAACAUGUACAAAAAAAUCUCUGUCAUUCAUUAGUAACUUUAUUCACAAUCAUCCCUUCUUUCACAUGGUUGAGGGGCGGAGAGAUUGGGAGGGAGUUGAGUGUGUUUAUCCUUUUCCCCCAUUUCUCAAAAAGAAAAAAAAAGAAAAUCCAUAAGUAUAGGCGAUUAGAUACGAUGUCACCGGCUAAGAACUCGCGAGUAAGAUAGUCGUAAAAAUAUGAUAUAUCAAUUUUAGGAUUAGCAGAGGCUAUAGUGUGUGUGCGAGUACUUCAACAAGUUAAAUUAGUCUGUUAAAAUGCAAUUAUCGAUUUGGGAAGAAGAACCCUUGGAGGUAGAAGUGUUGCAAGAAGUCUCCUUAAUUCCUCACGCCCUUCACACCCAUCUGCCCCGCUCGAAGCGCGGGAAGCCCCAGCGAUGGUAGUGCCGCAGAGGACCUGAAAGGGAAGGUUUGGAAAGAAUGUACAG